CCUUGUGAUGGCUGCCCGCGUCGAAACAAGCUUGCGUUGUUUACAUGACACACUAGGCGAUAAUGCAGCAAGGAAGGAUCAGACACAUGCAAUUGUAUCUGAUCUUGAGCAAAUUUGCAUUCAUGAAUUAAAUGAAAAUGGCAUUGACAUUGUUUGUUCAACUUUGUUUGAUAAAGAGUAUGGGGUUGUGAAGUUUCUUAGUAAAGCAGUGACGGAUGAUGAGCUUCAAGGAUGCAAGGCCAAACUUUUGGAGUUUCUUUCAUUAUUUUUGGACAAGUAUGGAAAGAAAGUUCUGCCAUAUGCUGUAGAUCUGAAGGAUGUGGCAAUAACUCUCUUCAGCAGAGACAGGUACGCAAAAGUCAAAAAUGCCGCAGUACCAUUACUAACAAAGGUGAUAGAGCUGUCAAUUGGCUCAUCCAUGGGAAAGGAGCUGGCAAUAGACAAUAUCAUCAAUAAGUUCUUCAAUGAGCUAACGAAGGCAACAAAACUCACACCCACAGUGAAGGGCAACAUCUAUGUGCUCCUUGGAGUACUGGCUGAGGUGUACCCAGAGUUUAUGAUGCCUUAUUCCGAGAGGCUCACGUCAAUAUAUCUGGCCACAUUAAAAUCAGAGAUGGGCAGUAAGACUCGCAAGCCAGAGAUGUCUAUCAUCGCUGGUUGUCUGGAAGGCCUGUCCUGCAGCCUGACACACUUCACAGAGUCCGCAGAAGAAGGCUCGAAGAAUUCCUAUGAGAUAUUUAAGUAUGCACGCAAUGCGAUUGAUACGACCAUUGACUUCACACGAUAUGAUGUUCCUAAAGCUGGUCUUCGCUUGUUUGCCAGACAUGCCUCUCAGUUCAGUCAGUACAUCAUUGAGGACAAUCAGAACAUGUACAGCAAGCUGAGUCACUGGAGCAGACAUUUUAACAAUGAGAUGCAACUGCUGGGCAUGAAAGCCAUGGAGUCGUUCCUCAAACAGGUGUGUGAGAUGUUGAAAGCCAAGGCAAAGACAAGUGGCCAGGAUGGAAAAGCAACUUUCUCUUUCUUCUUCCUGCAGUUCCGUGAGAUCAUGAACAAUGAGAAGGCCACUGUCAAGGAGCUCUCACUGGCCAUCAAGGGAUACGGGAUGCUGGCAGCUCCAUGUAAGUGUUUCUUGACCAACUCAGAUGUCCAGUUUAUGUUCACUGAAAUGUUAACAAAAACAGAACAGCAGUUUGCAAGGCAAACUGAGGACAUGGACAACAAGCUGCACAAUCUAGCCAGCUACCUCGAGUCCCUGGCCAGUAUUGUGCAGGAGCUAGACGUAGUCAUGGAGACGCAGGUGGCCUCCCUGGAGUGCCUCAUGGUAAUGAUGCUAGAGAACAUCCCCAACAUACAUGUCACCAAGCACUUCCUGUGUAGACGUGCCAUACUCGCCCUCCUGUUGGCUUUGAUGCCCAAGUGGACCUUGUUUAAACAAGUUUUGUCAGGAUUCGUGUACCAGAGUUUGCUGCGCACCUUCUCUCACACUCCUGUGUUGGAGAUUGAGGAGUCAGGGGAGAGCACUGGAGACGUUACCAUGGAGAGGGCAAUCACCUACCGGGACUUCAUGGAGACCUGGUCUGGUCUGUUUGAUGCACCACUCAUCAAGGAGUUUGCAGCUGAUGACAUCACCUUGGAAACAAGAAAGCAGUUGACUGACGCCAUCUACAGGGAAAUAAUAACAGCCCUUUUGAAAAUACUGGAUAAACUUGACCUGACUGCCAGCCCUGAUGCAAAGGCUGAAGAUGCCUCUGUCCCUGUGGAGGAGACCGAGACAAGUGCUGACCCCCUGCAUGGGGUCCAGGCACGUAAACCAAAGGACUUCCAGAUCUUCAUCAACCUCGUUGACUUCUGCAGUGAUCUGCUGCCUUCAAAGAAUUAUGAGAUGUUUGAAUGCUGGACUUUGCAGUUUGCACAUAAAGUUAUUCUGCUAUCUACAGAGCACCCACUUGCCAGUGGCCUCUACAAGCUGCUAGCAGUGUGCAUGAAAAUAGCCAAUAAACUGCACUACUUUGAUGGAGUACAGAGUGUGUCUGAGACCAGUCUGAAGCCAGAUCAUGAUGCCAUGGACACUAGCAACACCAUGGAAACCAAACCUGACAUGAUGACCUGUUAUCUCCUGGUGAAAAAGUUCUCUGCAGAGGUACUGGUGCGGAUGAAGCAAUAUCGGGAUGAGUUGUUAGCUGCUUGCCUGAUUUUCAUUCUGUCACUUCCAAAGGAAGUCAUUUUGGAUCAAAUGAGUGAAGUUGUGGGAGCUAUUCAAGUUACAUUGAAGAUUGGUUUGAGUUAUCUGCCCUUGGCUUCUGUUGCUAUGGAUGCCCUGGAAGUUUGGUCAAAGUCACUUCCUUUCAAGGUCAUGGAAAAACACUAUGUCAGCAUUCUGCCAUGUCUUGACAAUUUCUUGAAAACCAAGGAUCAAGACACAGAUGCUGUUGAGACCAACAUAAAUACCAACAAAAGCAAAACUGGCAGAGGCAGAAAGAAGCUCCCAGUCCGAUUAGUGCGGGACAAGAAAGACAGUGCUAAGAGUCGAGGAUCUCAAUUAUCACAGAUUAAGCAGCGUGUAAUGCAGUAUUUGGGUCAACUAGGGGGAAGCGUCAACAAAGCUUUACUAGCAAACAUGGAUGCCCAAAUAUCUGAAAGAGCCAUUGCAUGGGACUCAGAAAAGCAUCUGAAAUUUGAAAUGCCUUUUGUGGAUAUGAAACCUGAAGUAUAUCUAGAUCCCUUCCUGCCGCAUGUCAUUGAGCUAGCCACAAGCUCCAGCGACAGACAGACGAAGGUGGCUGCCUGUGAGCUCCUACACUCCCUGGUUCUGUUCAGUAUUGGGUGCUCCACCCAGCAGUCUGGAGCGCAAGUCCAUAGGGCGUCCAUGGCACCGCUGUUCAAACGCAUCUUUCCCGCCAUGCUGAAGCUUUCAUGUGAUGUUGAACUGGUUGCUAGGCAGCUGUUUGAGCCGCUGAUGAUGCAGGUUAUCCACUGGUACACGGGCAACAAGCAGCACAAGAGUGAGGAAACAGAGACCCUCUUGGAUGCCAUCUAUACAGGGAUAAUCCAGCAGGCUGAUACUGCUCAACGGGACUUCUCAGCGAGGUGUCUCCAUGAAUUCCUAAAAUGGUCCAUCAAGCAAACCAGUCAAAAGGCUGCUGAAAAUAAUCCAAUGAAUGCAAAGUCAGUGUUGAAAAGGAUCUUCAGUUACUCUUUGCAUCCCAGUCCAUUUAAAAGACUAGGGGCUGCCCUUGCAUUCAACAACAUUUAUACCAUAUUCAGGGAGGAAGAGCCACUGGUGAACAUGUUCACAUUUGAACUGCUUGUCCACCUUGUAGAGAGUCUGGCCAUGGCUCAUACAGAUGAGAAGUCCCUAGGUACCCAAGAGCAGUGCAGCAAGGCCCUGAUCCACCUGGAGAAGAUCAUUGGGCACAAGGUUGACCUCCUCAAGGUGCCACAUAAACUCAGAACUGCACCUAGGAGCUGGUCGUCUGUGACACUGGACAUAGCAGUUCGCUGGCUGACCCGACAGUGUGGCCGCCCCCAGACGGAGUGCAGGCACGCCUGUAUGAAGCUCUCCUAUAACUUGUGUUGCUUGCUGCCAGCAGUCAAGACACCUGUGAAAUUCUUCCAUUCUUGUCUCAAGGCGAAGGGACCAACAUACUGGAUUCAAAGGUUUGAAGGAGGUGGCAGCUCUGGAGAUGUGAAGCAAGGCAUAGAAGGCUGUCCUCGUCUCACAGACAGCCCGGGGCCCUUCUCUUUGGACACCACGCUGGCCUGGUUUGAUAACGUGCUGGCCGCACUUGACUGCUAUAGCUGGGUGUUUGGGGAGGACUUGCUUACUCCUGGAGAACUAUUCACAGCCAAAGGUUCUAGCCAGUUGUGGGCAUGUUUGGAGUUCUUUGUGACUAAGGUGGCACUCACAGAUAUUGAAGGCAUGGCCAAUCUUUUCAAAAUCAAAAAAGACACUGACCUGUUCACUCCGAAAGAGAAACAGGAUUUUAACAGGGGAAAGUGUACAGUGAUAGUGCGAAUGCUUGGACUUAUCACAAUCAUGCUUGCAAAGUUUAAGAAGGAUACAUUGCAGGUGAUUCCCAAGGGACUGUUCAGCACACAUUUGUGGGACUUAGUAUUGAGCUGUGUCAUUUCCCCUGCCAUGGUUGGCUUCAAUAUCAGUGAUGUGGAGAUUAUGAAGCAGCUUCCUCAGGAGAUGAGCCAGACACUUGGUUUGAUGAACAUGAGUUUCCGUGGUGACAUGAUCAGACAUUUCACCUCAGUCCUUAGUGAUGAAGGAAGGAAUUUGAUCUCACAGCUGCCUGUGUGUUUGGUGGAUCCAUCAGCAGACUUCAUCUCCAUGCAGCAGACAUUUGAAGGGUACCAGCUGCUGCACCAGGUUGACCUCCUGUUGCCAUGCCUACCAGGUCAGAACCGGUUCAAGGCGGCCGAAUCACUAUUGGACAAUGUCUUUGAGAGCUUAGUGAAGAAGGAAGGGUUAGGGGUCAUGGCAGUGACCUUGACCCCAUCAGGUCAUACUGUUGCCAAGGGUAUGCUGAGUUUGGCCUUGUCAUUGGACAUUAAGCCUGAAACACUAUUGGCCAAGAUAUUUGACAGCAGUCGUGUUUCUCGAGAUACACGUGGGACCCAGGAUCAAAGUCACGGUGACCUUUUCUUCACAACAUUCACCACCGAAACUAUGGUGUUUGGUGUUGGCAAUAUUGCAGUGUUGCUGGCAGAGUUGCUGAAGAGGAGAGAAGAUGCUUGUAGAGUACCUGCUGUCCUCACGGCCAUUGUGAAUCAUGUGACUCGGGACAGGGAGCUAAGAAACAGAGAAGGGGGUAAUGUUCUGCAGACAGUUUUGUCCCACUGGUCAGAUCUAGAGGGCUGGUGGGGUAGGGACUCCACUACAGAUACCCAGGGUAUGGCACUGGCCUUGCUGACUAAACUGCUUCUCAUUGACAGUCAGUUUGUGAUCAACAAGAAGCAGGCCUGUUUUCCACAGAUUCUCUGCAUGUAUCAGACGUUGCUAACAGAUACACGCACAAAACUGUCCUUCAAGAGACGUGUGCUAGAGCUCCUGCCAUUCUUCACGAAGACAUCAGACAGUGAGAUCCUCUCUGCCAUUAAGUCUAGUCUGGACCGACUGGUUGUGGACAACUUCCCAUUACGCAGUUCUGAACUGAUAAAGGACAGCCCAGUCUACCAGGAAUACAUCAUGACACUAGACACAAUCCUGUCGGGUUUCCAGCUCACAGGAAGUCCAAUGCUUCUGGAGUACUUGAUCUCCAUUUUCUGCAGGGAGCCAGAACAUGUGCAUGAAGCAGCCAUUCAAGCGGCUAUUGUAAAAUUCACUAAACAGCUGCCACGCGACCAGCAGAAACCAGCCCUGGAUGUCCCUAUUAACAUAUUCCUGAAGACUUCGGGCUUUCCAGCUAACAUUCGUCGGGCAGUGAUAGAGCGUGUGUGCCUCACCAUGCUGAAUGUGGUACACAAAUCAGUUGUCAUGGAGUUCUUCAGUGACCACAUCUUGAAAAUGAAGGAUCUUAUUGAGGCCAAAUUUAGCAAGAGUUCAGAGGGGAUACUGGAGGGUCAGUUGAUUUCUCGUAUGGGGUGUUUCCAGCUUCUUGAGGUGUUGUACUCACGACUUGGUAAGGAUGAUGUGGUUGGUAUGAACGCCCCCAUCAACAAGGUGUUUGCAGGGGGAAAUGUCCAGACAGGCAAGGAGCUCACCAGCUUCAUAUCAAAACAAGCUCAUGAGGCUAAAGGGGAAGACAUUCGAGAGGAGACCACCCUGCUUGAGCUAAGACGUCAGUACCACUGCGCGGCCUACAACCUCAUGAUAGCCUUCAUAUCCCGCACACAGACAGAACUGAAGUUCUACACAGCACUGCUGUUUGAGGAAAAAGAAAACAAGGGGCAGUUUCUUUUGGAAAACAUAAUUGACAAGGGCAGAAAUUAUGAAUUUCAAGUGGAACUUCAGUCUCCACUGGAGCGUAAGAAGAAGUUUGUACGUAUCCACACAGAGGUGCGUGAGUCACGUGCAGAGGAGGAGGAGGGGGAUGUGGGGGCCUCGUACCACCUGGCCUCCCAGUACCUGGCAGACAGCAGCCUGAGUGAGGACGUGUCACAGUACUUCUCAAUGUCCAACAGUAUGUCUAUGUUGAGCUCUGGUGGACAGGUGCGGACAAGGAAGAAACUGCAGUCAGUGGAAAUAGAAGAUGAUCAGUCAGUGUCAGCGACAGUGGAGGGUGACUUUGUAGAGCUGGAGAUGGACCCUCUCAACCAACAUGAGUGCAUGGCCCCCAUGAUAGCAGUCAUCAAGCACAUGCAGCAGAACAACAUCACACCUCCUGUCACUACGGUCUCUGGUAAACCUGAUCUGCCAUCGUGGAUGGAGAAACUUCACACCAAGAUAACAUCUCCACGAACACAUUACAACAUCAAACUCUUCAUUGGGAAACUUGUUGUCAACACGACUAAGGUAUUUGAGUCAUACGCCCAACACUGGCUGGUCCCCCUUACCCAGCUCAUAGUGUCUGGUCGUCUUGGCAAUACUGGUAUCAACUACUACGUCACUGACCUCAUUGUCACCAUGCUGUCUUGGCAUAAACAGGCCAUACCAGAGGACACAGCAGAAGGACAAGCCCUGGCCUCCCGACUGGUUCAUUUUGUGGUGAAAAACAUUUACCACGACAACCGGCAAGUUUUCCGAAACAACCUGGAAAUGUUGAAAACACUGCUGGAGUGCUGGAAAGGGCGCAUCGAAAUACCAUACCAGGAAGUGUUCAGUCAGUUCAGCAAUGCAGACCCCAAGUCCAAGGACAACGCAGUAGGCAUACAGGUGCUUGGAGUGAUCCUGUCCUGUAAGCUGCCCCCUUAUGGGCCGUCAGCACCAGUGGACAGAGAACGGUACUUAGCAAAGCUUGCAAGUAAUAUGAGCCACAACUUGAAGACAAUCUUUGCUGCGGCAGCAGAGGUGUGUGGGAUGGUGUUCAGUUAUCUGGCUGAGCGAGAUGGGGAGACAGAGGGCAGCUUCCAUGAUCAUGUGGCAAACAUGAUGACCGGUCUGCACAAGGGCAAGCCUGACACAUUCAUCACCUGCGUACACAGAAUGCACAAGCAUUAUGCAGUCAUUGCUGACAGGUUCAUGAACAAGCUGCUGUUUAUGCUGCCAAAUCUGCACGGAGAGUUCCGCACCCAUUGCCUGGAGGUGGUGCACUCUCGUAUCGGCUGCAUAGAGAACGUCUAUGUGGAGCUCAAGUCUAAAGGCAUCAUGGCCUCUCUCUCACACAGAGAUGAGGCAACUCAGCAGGUCUCUUUGAAGAUUGUCAAGGGCAUUUUGGCGAAAUUAAAAGUUACAGAACUGGCAGAGUUAAUGCCCUUGAUCAUGGCCUUUAUUUCCCAUCCCAGUAUUGGUUGCCGUGGCACCAUGUUUGAAAUCCUCAUGUGGAUUUAUGACAACUACAAAGAUGAGGAUACUACAGUGGCCCAUGAAAUCAUGCAGCAGACUAAGGAGAGCCUCUUGAAGGGAUUAGGUGAUGAUGACAUGCAUUGCAGACUUCAAGUACAAAAUUUCUGGAGCAGUGAAAGUCGUCUGCCAGGUGGUACGCUGGACAGACUGGUUGCUAUGCUGGAGGCCAUGUACUCCCCGGUUACCGAGCAACAGUACCUGAGCUACGCAACCAAUCUGCUGCUGGAAAUGACCUCAAAGAGUCCCGACUACCAGAGAGAAAUCUUUAAAAUGCCUUUGUCAGAAUGCAAGUUUUCAGAGUACCAAGUGAAGUCCUCUUGGCGCCACCGGCAUGCAGCAAUGACUCCGAUGUUUGCCACACAGACUGGUCAGACCCAGAUGGAGGUCGAUGAUGAAAGUGUGGCCAUCAGAGCCACACAAGAGGCAGCACAGUUCACACAGACUGUAGAACAAGGUAUCAACAAGGGACCGUUCAACUGGCUAACUCAGAGCAGUCUGGACACCUUUGCGGUUACAAGCACUUUUACCAUGGAAACAGCAGCAUCUCAGAGUUCCCUGCUGUUCACAGUGGGUACUGGUGAACCCAAGAAGCCCAGUCUGCGGCGACCCAAACCUGGGACUGGGUUUGGUCAAACAAAACUUGGAGCGGCUGAAUCUAAAGCUUCUGGAGCUGGUGGUGACAACCAGGGUGAAGCAGCCAGCACCAGUGAGCUAUUCCGUUUAAAGAGAAGAUUCCUGAAGGACAAUGAGCAGUCAAGAGUGUUCUUUGCUAAACGACAAACAAGAAUCAAAGAAAUGAGAGAGGUUGCACGACAUGAGCAACAGGUGAGGCGCGAGAGUCAUGUGACCAUGUACAGGAAGUACCGCAGUGGGGACCUGCCAGACGUACAGAUCAAGUACUCUUAUAUCAUCGCACCACUGCAGGCUCUGGCACACCGUGACAGCACAGUCGCAAAGCUGCUGUUCAGUGGGAUUUUUGAGGCAAUCUUUGCAUACCGAGACGAGGUGAAGACAGAGCGCGAGGUGCAGGAGAUUGUGGGUCAAGUGAACACCAGUCUGGAUAACGUACUCACACAAUCUACAGUCUACUACCCACCGUUCAUUGGAUGCAUUCUGGACAUCCUGUACAAGCUGCGGCAUGUUCUCAAGGUUGAAGUAUCCAAUGUGGGCAGCAGUGCAGGGUUCAGUCACCUGGAGUCCCUGGGUAUCGCCUUACUGGAGGAGCAGCUCAUACUGCACGAGCCUGCCGAACCCAGGGCGGCAAAGCGAGGCAAGAUGGACACACCUGUCUCAAAGGAUGUCAACCACUGGAUUGAGCUCUCUAGACUGUAUAAAAGCAUAGGGGAAUAUGAUGUUCUUAUGGGAAUAUUUGGAGGCAAAAUAGGCACAAUGCCUAUCACAAAGCAAGCUAUCGAGGCAGAGGCAAGGGGAGAUUACUUGGCAGCCAGAAAACUGUAUGAUGAGGCAAUGAGUUGCACAGACUGGAAAGGAGAGAGCCCUCUGGAAUCUGAGAUAGAUCUGUGGGAGGACUGUCAAAUGGAGUGCCUGAUGAGCCUUGCCCAGUGGGAUACUCUAGAGGCCAGCACUGUUGAAGCCAUAGCUGGAGACACCAAACCUCUUGUGUUGACCAAGGUCUGGGAGGACACCUUUCUACAGGAGCAUUAUCUACCGUUCCUGUUGAAGAGCAAAGUGAAGCUGCUUUUGAAUGGGGAUGAGAACCAACAAUCCCUGCUUGACUUUGUGGAUACGUCCAUGAAAACACCUGACUAUAAGCUUGCUUUGGAAAGUGGCUACAGCCCAAUGCUGGCCCUGAUGUACCUGUGGCAGGAGGACUAUGAUAGGGCCAGGCACUACUGCAAUAAUGCGCUAGCUGCCUUCCUUCAGGAUUGGAGCAGUACAGAUAUCCUGAUGAUAAGCAGUAGAGAGUCCACACUCCAGAGACUGCAGCCACUGAUAGAGAUGCACGAGUUUCUCACAUUUAUGGCUGACGAAGCCAAUUUCAGCUCUCCUGUUCCUGCCCAGGGUCUGGUAUGUCGCUGGAACAGCCGCUGUCCUCACCAGCUGACUGACCCAGUUGGAGUAUGGGACGAUGUCAUCCUUAAUAGAUCUGUGUACCUGGACCACAUCAGCAGUCGCCUACGGAGGCAGGAUGACUCCCAGCAGUCUGUGGAUGGAGAGGACAUGUUCCUGGACAUCAAACUGAGACUGAGGCUCGCCAUGGCCCAGAGCUGUACAAACCAGAACAACUUCGCUCUCACACUGCGACUUCUCAAGGAGACAUAUUCAGACUGCAAGGCCAGUGCCAACCAGGAUCCCCUCUGCAUGUGGACCAUGCUGUAUGCCAGCACUCACUACAAGAAGGUGGAGACCUCACUGGAACCAUGGUCUGAGGACACACUCAACUCACUUUUUACAGCCUUCGAUCAACUCGGAAAGCUGGAGGGCAAUGAUUGCCUGCUGUCUCGACCAUCCCUGGUUCGGCAGCACCACACUCUGAAGGGCCGAGGAAGACAACUAGUGGCCCUGGGCAUACAGGACAUGGACCUGAGGGGUCUGGCGGAGGGGUCAAAGGCCAUACAGAAACUUCUCCAUUACACUGGCCUAAAGUCUAUGAGUAAAAUACAGCUGACUGAAGAACUUAUCUCGCAAGGUUUCAAGGAGAUGAGAGCCAGCCUAGCUGUGGACAACACAGCUGGGGACGACCACACGGGGGAACACUCACAGGAACUAGCCUACUUAGCAACUGCUAAAUACUGCGACACCAUACUCCGAAUGAAAUCAGAUGGAGAACUAGAGAUAGGUGAAAAGUGUAUUGAACAGUUUCCGGAGACCCUGGUUGUCUGCUUGCUACGUUCAAUAAAACUGGACUCCACUGAGGCGAGACAGAGGUUUCCACGGUUACUACAGAUCCUAGAAUUGCAUCCACAGACCAAAGCAACUUUUAUUGCAAAGUGUGCUGAUGUGCCCAGCUGGAUGUUUAUUCUGUGGAUCAGUCAGAUGUUGGCACUCAUGGACAAGCAGGAAGCCCCAUCUGUGUAUGAGAUCAUCCUACGUAUCACUCAGGAAUACCCACAGGCUGUAGUGUACCCUAUGAAAUUAAGCCUUGAAGGCUACACAUUUGGAUCUUCAAAACAAGACAAACUGAACAAGGACCAAGUGGACAGGAUUGUGUCAUUGCUUGGACCAGACUCCCUGCCACUCACAAACAAGUUCAUCUCUGCACUCGAGUGCUUUGGGCAACCAGACCAGGAAAUCCAGGAUGCUUUGGUUGAGAUUUCAAAGAUGAUGAAGAAAAACAAGAAAGAUGCAGCAGUUGACUUGUACAAGGAGUUGUAUAACCAUAUGAUUGACUAUAAGACUCGUGAAGACGCAGAAAAAGCUGCAGAAUUAACAACAAAGAAUAAAGCUGGUAAGUCUUCAAAGGUUGAGCUGACCCCCACCAAGAUGGAGGCAGAUGAGAGUAGUCUGGCAGCCACUCAGCCUGGCCUUGACAUUGGCAGCUAUGCAAAGAAAUUUGCUGAUAAAUUCAAAGCAGAAUUUGAUAAAAGGUUUGGGAAAGGUGGCAAGGACCUGAAAUCAUUAUCUCUAAAGGAUUUCAUUAAAAGAAAGCAAGAAGUCAUGGACUUGAUAGCUGCAGAAGUGAAGGGCAAGAAGGGAAUGCUUCAUCCACCGUCAAAACUGGCAGAGUAUUCCAAGUGGAUGUCUGACUUUAAUUCAAAUCUUCAGGGUCGCAACCUUGAAAUUCCAGGUCAAUACACUGGAGUUAGAAAGCCAUUGCCGGAAUACCAUGUCAAGAUUGCAGGCUUUGAUCAAACGGUAAAAGUAAUGACAUCAUUAAGGAAGCCAAAGAGGAUCACUAUCCGAGGGAAUGAUGAGCGUGACUACCACUUCCUGGUGAAAGGGGGAGAGGACCUGAGGCAGGAUCAGCGCAUAGAACAGCUGUUCUACAUCAUGAACCAGGUCUUCCUUAAGAACCCAGUCUGCAGUGCACGCAAACUGCAGCUGAAAACGUACCAAGUUAUCCCUAUGACCACAAGGGUUGGUCUCAUAGAGUGGAUGGACAACACCAUUCCACUGAAAGACUUCAUAAGAAGUUCUUUGACUGAUCAAGAACAUAAAUUUUUGGACUCUGCGCAAGGUCCUACCACUGUCUAUGGUGAUUGGAUCAAAAAAGUGUCCAAGAAUGGUGAUCCGUUGCACGAAAUGUAUAACAACAUCUUCCAAAAGUACAGCUACACUGAGACUGUGAGAAACUUCACCCUGCUAGAAAGCAAAGUGCCAUGGGACUUACUUAGGCGUUCGUUUCACAAGUUGAGUACAAGUCCUGAGGCAUUCCAUGUCCUACGCAGCCACUGUAUGAAGACGCAUGCAAUGCUGAGUAUAUGUCAGUACAUUCUGGGCAUAGGGGACAGGCAUCUCUCCAACUUUAUGGUAAACCUGAACACUGGCGAAAUGAUCGGCAUUGACUUUGGCCAUGCUUUUGGCUCUGCAACACAGUUUCUGCAGAUCCCCGAGCUGAUGCCCUUCCGCAUGACCCGACAGCUGCGCAACUUGAUGAUGCCCCUGCAGGUUCAGGGCCUGGUGGAGAGCACUAUGAUCCAUGUGCUUCGAGCCCUGCGGUCAGACUCGGACCUGCUUCUCAACACCAUGGACAUCUUUGUUAAGGAACCAUCACUUGACUGGAAACAAAAUGCAGAGAAGCAGCUUCAGGGUCUCACACAGGAAGAUGCUGGGCUGUAUGAGCAGGAAGAUAUCAUGGAGUGGUAUCCAAAAGAGAAGAUUCAUUAUGUGAAGAGGAAACUCAGGGGAGCAAACUCUGCGUAUAUUACCAGAGAUGAACUCAAGUUGGGUCAUGUCAAGAAGCCAGCCUACAAGGACUUUGAGAACGUUGUCCUGGGUCACAAGGAUAAUGAACGGUGUCGUCUGCCUGAAAAUGGCCUCACCGUUGAACAACAGGUGGCUGUGCUUCUGGACCAGGCUACAGACCCCAACAUCCUGGGCCGCACAUGGAUGGGCUGGGAACCAUGGAUGUGACAUGGGAAAGAUAGGAUGUAUAGGAGAUACAUGGGAAAGAUUGGAUGUAUAGGCUGAGAACCAUGGAUGUGACAUGAAAAAUAUUGGAUGUGAACGGAGAAAUAUGAUAUUGCAGACGUGGAUUGCAUGGGUUAUAAAUUUGACUGAAUACCGGUAUAUUCAAUAGUAAUUAUUGAUGGGAAAUGAUGCUUGUAAAAUUUGAGUUGUCGACAUGAAAUAGAUAUAUGGCAUUUCAAUUGGUGUAUUUAAAAAAAUACAUGUGAUGAUAAAUGUUGUUGUGAAAUAGAAAAUAAUAUUUCUGGAAUGGGAACAUUUGAUGUGAAAUUCUGCUGCAAUGAAAAGGGGAGUGACAAUGGAAAUUGUAACAGUUGAAAUUAAAUAGAACUCAUGCUUUAAUGAGUGGUAACUGUGGUACUGUGGCUAUUGCCUCUUGCUCAAAGGAGUUGGAAUAUCACAACAAUAGGCAUCAGAAUGCCUGCGCGUAUUUGUGUGCUUUGAUUUGUCACACUCUUUUGUAUACAAAAAUCUUACAUUUUGCGUGUUUUUUCCUACAAACUUUAAUAGAAUGAUUAUAUACAUGUGCUACAGCCCAUAUUGUCAAGGUUUUCUAUUUAGACGUUGCCCAUUUUUUAAUUACAAAUAAAAGCUCCUGUGCCACCUUUGCAGACAUUUUGCAUACAAUUUUGACAAAACUUUUACAAAAUAAUUACCUGCUAGUGCUACGGCGCAAAUAGUCAAGGUAUCUUGCGUUAUUUUUGCCAUUUUUUAAAAGUAUAAAAGCUAGCUGUCAGCAUUUUUUUAUAUUUUUUUUUAAUGCAAUUUUUGUCAAACUUUUACAAAAUCCUUUUCUGCAAGUGCUACAGUGUCAGGGUUGAACAUUUUCUUGAUUUUGUAGCACCCAUUUGAAGCCAGCUAAAUAAAGCAGUUUUUACUUUCUGUUGUCACCUCUGUCUGUCCCCCUUUGCAAAGUUUCUUGUCUCAGCCAUAUUUAAGGCUUUGUACUCAUCACUUGAUAAACUAUUAUGCUCCCCCAAAAUUUAUUUUGGGGGGAUCAUAUAGUCGCCACUUCGUCUGUCUGUGUGUGCAUCUGUCUGUCCGUCUGUGCACAAUCUUUCCAUCUGUCUUUCCCAGAACUUGUCCACGUUAACUUACUCCAUACAUUGAUAGAUUUUGAAAUAAUUUGAAUGAAAUGUUUUACUGUGAGAUCCCAUGGCAAGCUCAAGAAUCAAGAUUUAAUUAUAACAGGGAAAAAAUAUUUUCGGCCAAAAAAGACUGAAUAUGCAUGUAGCUCUAAAAAAAAUUAACUUUACAAAGAAAUAUGCUUUCCAUACGUAUAUAUUUGCUUUACAGAAUAACAAGUAAUAGUAAACCAGAUUGUUAAGUGUUAGAAUGUUGUUUCUCUUUGCUAAAAAAAAUUGAACUGAAUAAACUUCAUAAAACUG